CCGUGACCUCAUCAAACAGCCUGUACCACAGCGAAUCCUUGCCUCCGCUGGCAGGGUGUUCUGUCAGUGAAGGAGCCUGCAGUCUCAGCAUGGUGCUAGGUGUGGGCACAGCUGGAAGGACACUAUAGUGGAUUUAUGGCUGUCACUUGACAUCAUGCACCAUCGUUGGCUGCUGCUUCUUGCAUGCUUCUGGGUCCUGUUUAUGCUUAUGUUUGCAAGCAAGUUCAUCACCCUCUCAAUGAGAAGCCCUGAGAAGUAUAGAAUGAGACCGGGCUCUUUGACCAUUUUACCUGAACUGGAGAAAAUGACUGUGACUGAAGCAAGAAAGUUCCAGAUUGAUAGUCAGCCAACAGUGGACACGUUGAAAAAUAUGACCCACAUCGAUUUCAUCCACAAAGAGCGACUGGAAGAGCUCAGAAGUGUGUGCAGGAAUGGAUCACUCGCAAACCUCUCACAUUCCGGCAUUUCCAAGUUUGUGUUGGAUCGAAUCUUUGUCUCUGACAAGCACAAGAUAUUGUUUUGUCAGACCCCUAAAGUAGGAAAUACCCAAUGGAAAAAAGUUCUCAUUGUUUUAAACGGUGCAUUUUCAUCGAUUGAGGAUAUCCCAGAAAAUGUAGUUCACGAUCAUGAAAAGAAUGGUCUUCCGCGGCUAUCCUCAUACAGUAAAGCAGAUGUGCAGGAGAGGCUGAAUUCCUAUUUCAAGUUCCUCAUUGUCAGAGAUCCCUUUGAGAGACUGAUUUCUGCAUACAAAGAUAAGUUUGUACAGAACCCCCGUUUUGAGCCAUGGUAUAAGCACAACAUUGCUCCAGUCAUUAUUCGCAAGUACAGGAAAGAUCGUACAGAAACCCAGGGUGGUCUGCAGUUUCAAGACUUUGUACGGUACUUGGGUGACCCAAACCACAAGUUUCUAGAUCUCCAGUUUGGGGACCAUAUAAUCCACUGGGUAACUUAUGUGGAGCUGUGUGCCCCUUGUGAAAUAAAUUACAAUGUCAUUGGGCAUCAUGAGACUCUUGAGGAGGAUGCACCAUACAUCUUGAGGGAAGCAGGAAUAGAUAAACUGGUCUCUUACCCCGCCAUACCACCAGGAAUCACAAAAUACAACCUAUCAAAAGUGGAACAUUAUUUUUCCAAAGUAUCCCAGAGAGACAUCAAACGUCUUUAUGACAGAUUUGAAGGAGACUUCAAGCUUUUUGGAUAUAAAGAGCCAACAUUUUUAUUUCAUUGAUGUGGCGCUGUAUACAGUGGGGUAAUGACCCACUGUGUCUGCAGCAAGAGCACUACUGAAGCUUUUUAUUCAUUGUUAUAUGGACUACAUACAGUUGGUGUUUUUUUUUUUUUUUCCUCUGACAAUAAUGUACUGUAUUUGCACUUUAACCCACUUACAGCAGUGCAUUAGAUACAAUGUAUUAUAUUUUGUAUGGUGGGUAUUGGCCUGUAAGUACCCGCUCUGGGACUAAUGGUGGGUGCGGUUGGAAAUCUUAUGUGAAUACGUUAUUCUGUUUACAGCUUAAAUGUAUAGCCGAGCUGCCGCAGUGGUAAAAAGUGCUGCAAUAUCCAGCUCUGUUGUUUGCUUUUUAUUUUUACCUGAUGAUUUAUUAUUAUUAGUGCCAUUCUGAAAGAGCCACUAGUAUAAGGAUACAAGGACUAGGAUGCACCUAUACUAUUUCUAAUGACUGAACUACAUAACGCCCAGCGAGGCAGUGAUCCCAUGCCCUUGCAUCUUAUCUCUCUCACAGAAAGCAAUUUUUGUAGCUCUGGUGCUUUUAUUAAGGGGAUUGUAUAAUUCUAGGACUAACGCUUGGAAUUUAGGUAAGAUAAAGAUUUUUGUAUUUUCUCCACUUUUUGAUGUGGCCAAAUGGAGAAAAUGAUUUUGUACUAAAGCAUACUUUUGUCAUUGACCUAUCAAAAAAGUGCAUAAGUAUACAGCAGGUCUGCGGGACCAAUAUUUUACAAAGCUCUCUGACUCUUAGGUUUAUAACUAAUGGUACUGCCACUUCCAUUUACUUAAAUACAGCUAUAAUGGACGUCACAAUUCCACUGAACUGGAAGAUACUACAAUAAAUAAAGCACCAGAACAUGUUAAGAGCUGAAGAGACGCAACCCAGCUAUUCUCUGAUAUUUCUCAAUGAUAUGUCAGGAAAUAGAGGAGUGAUGUACUAUAUUUUAAAUUUUUUUUGCUCUGGCAUCUACCUUUUCCAGAUAGCCACUAAGUAACAAAUGCGAGCCCAGUGACCAUUUCAUCGAUGCAUGCUGCAAAUACAUGCCCAAGCUGGACUCCUACUGUAACGGCUGGAAUCGGAAAAAUAUCUGAUCCCAGCCAUUUAACUCAUUACAUGCUGCUGUCAAUAUUGACUGUGGCAUCUUAGGUACUUGACAGAGGGAAAAGGCUCCCUCUGUCAGCCCAUCAGGGCCCUGCAAAGUGAUUGUGGGGCACCAAUGGGUUUCUUUGGCAGCCAGCAAAGGCCUCCUGGUCUGUUUUAAGCAACUGCAUGUUAGUCUAUGCCAGUGGUAUGGCAUAAUAAGUUGCCUGUCAGUGUAAUAAUGCUCUGAAAUGCUAUGUAUUCCAGAGCAUUAUAGAAGCCUUCAGGUGACCACUACUUCAAGUCUGCUAGGGGGACAAGAAAAUAGUUUAUUAUAAUACGCAUUCCCAUCUUGGAUGUCGGUGGCGUAUCGCUAGAAUAUGCCUCAAAAUGCAGGAGGGCACAUGCACAGCCGCCUUUCAUUCUUACGGGAGCAGUGAAAAUUUCUAUAAACUCUAUAGAAGUGAAUGGAGCGGUCGCCGCACUUGAAAGGUGCACUUCCCAUUCAUUUCAAUGAGACUUCUGAAAAUACCAAAUCGUGCAGCUCAGCUAUUUUCAGCACUCCCAUCGGAUUGAAUGGAGGGCAGCCGUGCAUGUGCAGUGCGCUCUCCAGCACAUUGCGGGCUCCAUUCUUAGUACAGGGGCAAGUCCCAGAGGUGGGAUCCGCACCUAUCAGACGUUGAGGGGCAUAUCCUAGAAAUAUGUUCCCAAUAGCCAUUAUGUGUAACAUCAGGUGGAACUGAAUAAAAAUCUUCACAGGAUAUCUGGUUUGGGUAAUGGGGGUGGAGACUUCACUGUGUAUAUGCUCCCAAUGUCCAAGAUGGGCAUACCCCUUUAAGUGGUUUUCCCAUCUUAUCCAACUUGUAAAAACAUUUUAAUACACAGUGAAGCCUCUCUAAAAGACCAUCCUCAUUACCCAAACCAGAUAUCCUGUGCAAUUUUUUAUUCAGUUCCAUCUGAUGUUAUGCAUAAUGGCCAUUUUCUUUGAGAAGACCGCCCCUCUAGAAGGGGACUUUUUACUGCAAGUAGUUGUCUCUUAGAGAUUUCACAGUAUUUCGUGUUUCCAUUCUUUGUGCGGUCAGUGAUUGGAAACAUUCUUGUUUAUAGCCAGAGAUUGAAAACCUUCCCCGGUUAUAUCCAAUGGAGAGAUGCACAGCUCUCCCUUGUGAGUAGUACGGGAUCAGAAGCAUUCUUUAGCCUCCGAAUGUAAGCAAGGUUUCUGUUCAUUGGCAGAAAGCAAGAGAUCGUGAAAAUGGAAAGGAAUAAAAACAGUAAAAGUAGAUUAGGAAGUUACAUAAUUUAUUAUUAUGUAACACUCAAGCUUUUAUUUGCAUAUAGACUGGUGAACCUCUUCAAACCCCUAAUUUUUUUUUAUUUGUGUUGUGUUUUUUUUUUUUUUUUUUUUUUUUUAAACCUUGCAUAAUGAUAGAUUGGGUUAGAACAUAACUAGUGUUAUGUUGAAUAUGAUGUGAGGCAUAUGUUAAAUAAACGUACUCCCUUCUACUUUGUGACUAGCCCUAAUUUAUUGCCUCUAGAUGGAUCAGCACGGAAGACAUAUGAAAAAACAUUUCUGUUUAAGGGUACUUUCACACUAGCAUUGUGAGGAUCCGGCAGGCAGUUCCGGAAACGGCACUGCCUGCCGGAUCAUGUAAACGGAUACCGGAUCUGUCUCAUCUGGCAUAACGGAUCCGGUAUUUAAAUUUUUUCGAAGAUCAAAGGCGAAACUAGCUCCUCCUAUCUCCCGGCGCAUGCGCAGAGUGGAAAACCGGAUCCGGCAACACGGCAAUUUCCGGAACACUUGUUACCAGAUCCGGCAUUAAUACAUCUCUUUGGAAAUGA